AAGCCCACUGUGCUCUGACAGUGAUCAGAUAAGCUACGAAUAAUCUUUAAAAAUAAGAUUAGAACUGACUGUUAACAGUUCAGCUUCACACUUAAGGAUGAGGGUUGUAGUGUUACUCUUGUUCUCUAUAUCCUGUAUACAAGGAAAAUCUGUAGAAUAUGAUUACGAUGAAUUUCAACCAUAUCAGAGGACGGAACUGAAGAGAAUACCAUUGUACAAGACCACUUCACCUAGAAGACACCUUCAGAGUGUGGGAACCAGUUUAAAUACAAUCAGGAGAAGAUAUGGUGCAGUUGGAGCACAACCUGAACCCCUGUCCAACUAUCUAGAUGCUCAAUAUUACGGUCCUAUCACCAUUGGAACUCCACCACAGACUUUUAAGGUUGUGUUUGACACUGGAUCCAGUAAUCUCUGGGUUCCCAGUAAGAAAUGUCACAUCACAAAUAUUGCCUGUCUGCUUCACAACAAGUAUGAUGGUAGAAGAUCAUCAACCUACAAGGAAAAUGGAACAUCCUUUGAUAUCAGAUAUGGCAGUGGAAGCCUUUCCGGGUUUCUUUCAACCGAUACCGUCUCAUUCGGAGGAGAACAAAUCGUCGAUCAGACAUUUGCCGAAGCUAUGUCUGAGCCUGGAAUAGCAUUCGUCGCUGCUAAGUUUGAUGGUAUACUUGGGAUGGGGUAUUCAACUAUUUCUGUAAACAAAGUUGUUCCUCCUUUCUACAAUAUGGUUAAACAAGGACUAGUCCAGGAUCCAGUAUUUAGUUUCUACUUGAGCCGCAACCCUGAUGAUUCUGUUGGCGGAGAAAUUAUCCUGGGAGGAUCUGAUCCUAACUAUUAUCAAGGAAACUUCACAUAUACCCCCGUAACUAGGAAAGGAUAUUGGCAAUUUAAGAUGGACGGAGUUAAACUUGGAGAUCAACAGUUCUGUGAAGGAGGAUGCCAGGCAAUUGCUGACACCGGCACCUCUUUGAUCGCUGGACCUUCGGACAUCGUUACAGCGAUUAAUAAAGCUCUCGGAGGCACUCCUAUUGUAGGAGGAGAAUAUAUGAUCGACUGCUCUACUCUACCUAAACUUCCAAACAUUGGAUUUAUGAUUGGAGGUGUUGAGUUCGACUUAACUCCAGAUCAGUAUGUUAUGAAGAUUCAACAGUUUGGAAAAACUAUCUGUCUUUCUGGGUUCAUGGGACUGGAUGUACCUCCCCCAAUGGGACCUAUCUGGAUUCUAGGAGAUGUUUUCAUUGGACCAUACUACACUGAGUUUGAUAUGGGAAAUGAUAGAGUUGGAUUUGCUAAGACCACUGUUCACAAUUAACAAAAUAACAAUGUCAAUAAUCAGUUUACGUGUAUCUAAUUAAAAACUAUUGAUUGAGAUACAAUCUCGAAUUUGUUGCA